GCUUCGAUCUGCAGCCUUCAUCACCACUGCAGCAGUUCUCCCUCCCUGCAGCUCAUCAACUCUUCAGCUCAUCUUUCCCCAGUCAUGGGUAAUAAAUCUUCAUCAAAAGCUCCUCCACCGUCGCCACUUUUUGAAGAGCCAUGGAGAAAAACAACCUGCUGGGGAACCAAACAGGAAAAUCUGAAGUAUUUGAAGAAUUUCCAACCUCAACAUGAAGAGGUCAAAACGAUCAGAGUUUUACUCCAUGGUCCAGUUGGUGCAGGAAAGUCCAGCUUCAUCAGCUCUGUCAACAACAUCCUGCAAGGGAGAAUGACGGAUGAAGUUCUGGCCAGUUACACACAUGGAGAGAAAAGUUUCACGAAAAAGUAUAAAACAUAUAAAAUAAAAAAAGGAGGCCCAGGAAACUUUUAUCCCUUUGUGUUCAAUGACAUCAUGGGUCUGGAGGACGAAGAUGGAAGAGGAGUCAGAGUAGAAGACAUCAAACUGGCCUUGAAGGGAAACAUGAAGGAUGAUUAUAAGUUCAACGACAGAUCUCCCCUUUCUGAUGGAGAUUCUGGCUACAACUUUUCCCCAUCAAUCAGUGACAAAGUUCAUGUUCUGCUCUGCAUUUAUUCUGCUAAUGCAUCAGAAAUGAAGUCGCCAGUUUUACAGAAAAUGAAGGAAGUCAGAGAAGCAGCCAGUGAUCUGGGAAUCCCUCAGGUGGCGAUUCUGACCCACAUUGAUGAAGCCUGUGUGGAAACAAAGAAAACUCUGAGAAACAUCUACAAGAGCAAGUAUUUAAAGAAAAAAAUGGAUGAUUUCCAAUCCAGCGUGGGGAUUCCAUUGAACCGCAUUUUCCCCCUGAAGAACUACAGUUAUGAAACUGAGCUGGAUUCAGACAUCGACGAUCUGAUCCUGUAUGCACUGAGACAGAUAAUUGACUUUGGAGACGACUUCACUGUCAAUUUGUGUUUGCAGUAACAUAUGACUGCAGCUAUGUGUCACAGCAAUAAUAUGUUUCUGCUGUGAAAAUCACAGCAGUAAUAUUGUUCAUAUUAGUGAAAAAUUAUACUUUUAUUUACACCAAACUGGUAUAAAUGUAAAUGCCCUGCAGAAGAGGAGUAUUUUAAUAAAAGAGCUGGACACAGUGCUUCUGCUCCAACGGUUAUUAUUAACUGAGUUUAACUUACAAACAUACACAAUGAUAUCAACGCUGAAACAGCAGUAUGUUAGCAAUGGCGCCAACAACGGAGCUAACAACAGAAUUUGUUAACAUUCGGAGAAUAAACUCAUUUACAAUAUACAGGUCUGUAUAUAUAUAUAUAUAUAUAUAUAUAUAUAUAUAUAUAUAUAUA